CUCUCUCAUUCUCUCUCUUCCUCUUGCUCUUUAGAUUCCUUCCGAAUCUCUGAAACCAAGUGCAAGUGUGCCCUUCAUCUUGGUCACACAGGGAAAGAUGAGCACUUCUGUCAGGUAAAACGUAUUACUUGCCUGAAAGGACAGGAAUUAACCGAUCGAGGUAAAUGCGAGGAUUGUGAAAACAACCACUACAAAUACUGGGCAGGACCAGGUUACUGCAUCAGAGACAUCAAUUGUUCCAUGAUAGGUUUACCCAAAAACGCCGGAAAUCUUACAACCCCUACCACAUGUCAGGACUUUGAAGAAAAAUGUUCUCUCGAUGUGUCACCCAUUGUAUCGAUAAGUAUUAUUUACCAAUUGUACUGGUUAUAA